UCCCUCCGCGCCAGUUCGCCCGGGCGGGCGCGGCGGCGACGGCAGCGGCGGCGCGGGGACGGCGUGAUGCGGCGCUACCUGCGCGUCGUGGUGCUGUGCCUGGCCUGUGGCUUCUGCUCGCUCCUCUACGCCUUCAGCCAGCUCGCCGUGUCCUUGGAGGAAGGAGCGGGCGGCGGUGGCGGGAAGCCGCAGGCCGCAGCGGCUUCCUGGCUCGCGGGCGGCGGACGCGGCGCCGGGAGAGGGGCGGGCAGCGCGGGCUCCGCGGCGCAUCCCGGCCGGUCUGACAGGUGUAAAGAUUUCUCUCUGUGUUACUGGAAUCCCUAUUGGAUGCUGCCCUCUGAUGUUUGUGGAAUGAACUGCUUUUGGGAAGCGGCUUUUAGGUAUAGUCUGAAAAUGCAGCCCGUUGAGGAAGUGCACCUAGCCGUAGUUGCCUGUGGGGAAAGACUGGAAGAAACUCUAACCAUGUUGAAGUCAGCACUUAUCUUCAGCAUCAAACCUCUUCAGUUCCAUAUUUUUGCUGAAGAUCAACUGCAUGAUAGUUUUAAAGGCAUACUUAACAGCUGGUCAUUUCUCCAAACAUUUAAUUAUUCAUUAUACCCGAUAACUUUUCCAAGUGAGAAUGCAGCAGAAUGGAAAAAGCUCUUUAAACCGUGUGCUUCCCAGAGAUUGUUCUUGCCAUUAAUCCUGAAAGAAGUUGACUCACUAUUGUAUGUCGACACUGAUAUCCUUUUUUUACGGCCCGUUGAUGAUAUUUGGUCUUUACUAAAGAAAUUUAAUUCCACACAAAUUGCUGCAAUGGCACCAGAACAUGAAGAGCCUCGAAUAGGCUGGUAUAAUCGCUUUGCCAGACAUCCAUACUAUGGAAAAACUGGAGUGAACUCUGGAGUUAUGUUGAUGAACAUGACCAGAAUGAGAAGGAAGUAUUUCAAGAAUGAUAUGACCUCUGUGCGACUACGAUGGGGAGAUAUACUUAUGCCACUGCUUAAAAAAUACAAACUGAACAUCACAUGGGGUGAUCAAGAUCUGUUGAAUAUCAUAUUUUUUCAUAAUCCAGAAAGCCUUUUUGUUUUUCCGUGUCAAUGGAAUUAUCGACCAGAUCAUUGCAUAUAUGGAAGCAAUUGCCAAGAAGCCGAAGAAGAAGGAAUCUUUAUUCUUCAUGGGAACAGAGGUGUUUACCAUGAUGAUAAGCAACCAGCGUUUAGAGCUAUUUAUGAAGCACUGAGAAAUUGUUCUUUUGAAGAUGACAACAUCCAUUCUUUAUUAAAGCCUUUAGAACUGGAACUACAAAAGACAGUGCAUACAUACUGUGGAAAAAUUUACAAAAUAUUUAUCAAACAGCUGACGAAAAGCAUACAAGAUCGUUAUGAUAGACCACCAAAGGAAAGGUGAUUCUUGGUGACCGCUAAAUCAAAUGAAUUAAAACAACAAAAUAUCAGAGGAUGUGUGUGAAGGAAUAGUCUUAGAUGAAGUGUUCAGGAAAGAAUUAUUCAUCUUCAGAAUAAUUUUUUUCCCGAAGAAGUUUAAUGAGCAGUAUUUUCAUGUAAUGAAGAAUAAGUUGAAGUCUUGGACCCCAACAAGAAGAUAUUUUUGAUUUCUGAUGUUUUGUAAUGCUAUUUGCUAUCAUUCUAGUAUUGAUGAAGAUAUUAUUGAAUGGUUAUAGCCUACAGACUUUGUUUGACUCUUACUCUCAAGUGGGUAAGAGCAGUAGGGAUGUAUGGUUGGAGAAAAAUGUACCUCAUACACAGUGGAAACACUCAAACUGUGAGUAUAGCAAUAAUUUUAUGUCAGCACUAACCUCACUUUAAACCUGUGAGAAAAGAAAGUUGUUUACAGGAGCAGAAAAUGUUCUGUUUCUAAAGAAAUGGGAUGUAACUGAUGUCACUAUCGACAAUCUGUGUGUGCCUUUAUACAUUUCAUCUCUGUUUUAAAAUAUUUUUGUGACAAUCAUGCUUAAAAUUAUUUUUAGUUUAUAAGUAAACUGCACAUUUAAAAUUGAGAGAGAAAACUGAAAGUUUUGAUUAUUAGUCUCUGUGUGUAUUUGUGAAACGUAGAAUUUUCAUUUGUAUGUGCUUAACUGUCUUGCCAAAAGUCAUAUCUAAGAUUAUUAGGUAUUUUAGGAAAUUUUUUAUCACUUUAAAUGAAAAUUUUCAGCUUUACUGGGCAUUCUGGACACAAUAAAUAUACUGAUAAUAAAAUGAGAACCUAACGAGUAUACUUAUAUGAUGGUGGAAAAUGUGAUGGACCAAAAUGCAUAAGCUAUGUACUUCCUGUGAGCAGUCAUUAUAGUUACAGUGGAGCAGAAAAAAAGUGGUCCACUUAAACCUUUUUCCUUCUACCUCAAAAUGGCUUUGCAAGAUAUUUUUGAAGAAGCAAAUAUACGUAUAGAGCCUGACUUUAAGUUAGACAACUUUCAUGGAUGAUUGGCU